AUGACAGCAUCUCGUAUCAAGGUUGUGAAUCCCAUUGUGGAAAUGGAUGGUGAUGAGCAAACUAGGAUUAUCUGGCAUUUGAUUAGGUCCAAGCUAAUUCUUCCCUUUUUGGAUGUUGAUUUGGAUUAUUAUGAUCUUUCUAUCCAAAAUAGAGAUGAGACAGAUGAUCAAGUUACUGUAGACUCUGCGCUAGCCACAAAGAAGCAUGGUGUUGCUGUAAAAUGUGCUACCAUUACACCAGAUGAAGCUCGUGUUAAAGAGUUUAAUCUGAAGAAAAUGUGGAAAUCCCCUAAUGGUACAAUCAGAAACAUUUUAGGUGGCACGAUAUUUAGAGAACCAAUUGUUAUUGAUAAGAUUCCAAAACUAGUUUCUAAUUGGGAGAAACCUAUUAUUAUCGGUAGACAUGGGUUUGGAGAUCAAUACAAGGCCACUGAUGUUGUGAUACCAUGCGAAGGCCAAUUGAAAUUGGUAUUUACUCCAGCAGAUUCCUCUAAGCAAAAAAUUGAACCUUUAGAAAUUCCUGUUUUCACAUACCCUAAAGAUGGUGGUGUUGCCAUGACAAUGUAUAACACCACUGAAUCUAUUACUGAUUUUGCCAAGGCGUCAUUCGAGUUUGCUCUUGAGAGGAAAAUACCAUUAUAUUCUACCACUAAAAACACUAUUUUAAAACAAUAUGAUGGGAAAUUUAAAGAUAUCUUUGAAGAAAUGUAUGCUAAAGAGUACGAGGACAAAUUCAAAGUUUUAAAUAUUUGGUAUGAACAUCGUUUAAUUGAUGAUAUGGUAGCUCAAAUGUUGAAGUCAAAAGGUGGGUUUAUCAUUGCCAUGAAGAACUACGAUGGGGACGUUGAAUCUGACGUGGUAGCUCAAGGGUUUGGCUCUCUUGGCUUAAUGACUUCCGUAUUAUUAACACCAGAUGGUUCAAGUUUUGAAAGUGAAGCUGCUCAUGGUACUGUCACAAGACAUUAUAGGUUGCACCAGCAAGGAAAAGAAACAUCGACAAAUUCAAUUGCGUCUAUAUUUGCUUGGACAAGAGGUAUUAUUCAAAGAGGUAAACUUGAUAAUACGCCAGAUGUGGUAAAAUUUGGUCAAUUGCUGGAAGAAGCUACAAUUAAUACAGUACAAAUAGAUAAUAUAAUGACAAAAGAUUUGGCAUUGAUCCUUGGAUCUACUGAUAGAAGUUCAUAUGUAACUACAGAAGAGUUUAUCGAAGGUGUUGAAUCGAGGUUAAAGAAGGAAUUCCCAAAGACUUUUCGUUAA